AUGGAGCCAGUCAUAGAGAGCGUCAAGGGAAUUGAUUCGAGCCCCUCAAACCCUCCACCCGCUCACAAAGACGUCGAUCGUCUUGAGGAAUCCCAUUCUCCUCUCCAGUCAUCUACCCAUGUCACACCCAGGAAAUGGUCUACACCCAAGCCACAGGAUCCAGAAAUAGCGGCAUGGUACGGCGUCACACCCAUAGACGGCACAGACACCACAGCAACGAGCCAGACGCAGAAGGCUCUCCAGUUACUGUUUGGCGACGAACAGGUUAGACCUCAUGUUGGGGAUGAUGGAAAAGUAUCUUAUUGGCAGUGUGGCUUGAAAGCAUCUCAGGUGCGCGAUGCGUUCAAGACUCCUGGUGUUAAAUCUGUUUGGAAUACGCCUAAAAAAAGGAGAAACUAA